CGUUAAUAAUAUCAGUCACAUAGGUUCUACAUGUGAUAGUUUAUAUUCACUGUUAAUAGUUUCUAUAGACAAAUGAUAGACAUUAUUAUUCCUUAAAUGGUAUAUAUACUAAAUGAGAGUGACAUGCGAUAACAGUGGAAUAAAUAUAUCUGUUUACAUGUAUACACAUACAAGUUCGUAUGAACUUCCUAUUUAAGUAAAUACAAACUUCAAUUCAGUUUUAGUUAAAUUUCAUUCGGUUGUACACUCAUAUAUAAAUACUAACCAUGACAUCUCUGACCAUAUUCUAACAACUUCCAGUCUGAAUUGAGACUUGGUAUACAACAGAUUACAACCAAAGUGAUCUAAAUGAACACAAUUAUCUGUUCAACACUUAUUAUUUUCAUCAUCUGUGCAAGAUGGACAACAAUAGACGCUAAGCCAUUCCGUGGAAAAAGGUAUGCUUCUGAUGAAAAGGAUGAUAAUGUAUAUAUCCUUGAUGAUAAUGAUGAUCAGCUAACAGGAUAUGAUGAGAUAAAAAGACUUUUUGAAGAAGGUUCAGUUGAUAAUAAACAACCCUCUAAGACAACGCCACCGAUGUUGACAACAACCACAACAGAGUCAGAAAGAGAGAGGAAUGAUAUAGAAUUAGAGGAGUUAGAUGAUGAAACACCAUGUAGUGGUGGAGGAGCAAUAUUCACUUACACAAUACAUAACUCUGAUGAUGACGAAAGUCAAGUGGAUUCAAAUCACCGUGGUAAUGAAAAUGAUAUUUCAGUAGAGGAUUAUGACUACUAUCCAAUUUUCCCAUGGUUUGGAAGAAAUGAUUAUUAUCGUCAUUCAAGAAGAUCACACCGCAAACCAACCCGUGGAACAUGGUAUACAGCAUAUGAUAGUUUCCCAUUUUACAAGUAAUGAAAUUCAUUACACCUAUAUUUUUAAUUAUUGACAAUUUUACUAGUAAAUACUAAUGACUCACCUAAAUAUCCAAUACAUUGCUAAUUACAAAUAAAUGAAAUAUUCUUCUUUUGA